AUACUGCCAAUAGUAGUACCUGCACCGCUACUGUCGUUCAGCGUGAAUAUGACGUGAGGUUUGUAGGAGCGCUUACCUCUGCGCAUGUGUAGGAAGGACGAGCUGGUGGAGGAGAGAGGAGCGGAAGAGUCUGUCAAUUAUAAACAUGAACAAGCUGAAGUCGUCACAGAAAGACAAAGUGCGCCAGUUCAUGCUCUUCACACAAUCCAGUGAGAAGACUGCGGUGAGCUGCCUGUCACACAAUGACUGGAAACUAGACGUGGCCACAGACAAUUUCUUCCAGAAUCCGGAGCUCUACAUUCGCGAAAGUCUGAAGGGAGUUUUGGACAGAAAAAAGUUGGAACAGCUCUACAACAGAUACAGAGACCCUCAGGAUGAUAAUAAAAUCGGGAUAGACGGGGUGCAGCAGUUCUGUGAUGACCUCGGUCUGGACCCCGCCAGUAUCAGUGUUCUGCUCAUAGCCUGGAAGUUUCGGGCUGCCACGCAGUGCGAGUUCUCCAAGCAGGAGUUCAUGGACGGAAUGACGGAGCAGGGGUGCGACAGCAUAGAGAAACUGAAGGCACAGCUGCCAAAAAUGGAACAGGAGUUAAAAGACCAGGGGAAGUUUAAGGACUUCUAUCAGUUUACAUUUAACUUUGCCAAGAAUCCUGGACAGAAAGGCUUAGAUUUAGAAAUGGCCAUUGCUUAUUGGAAUUUAGUAUUUGCUGGAAGAUUCAAAUUCUUGGACCUGUGGAACCAGUUUUUAUUGGAACAUCAUAAACGAUCGAUACCAAAAGACACGUGGAACCUCCUCCUAGACUUCAGUACCAUGAUCACCGAUGACAUGUCCAAUUAUGACGAGGAAGGAGCGUGGCCGGUCCUCAUCGACGACUUUGUAGAAUUCGCGCGGCCGAAAAUUGGGACGAAGAGCACGACAGUGUGAGGGGCGGGGCCGGGGGGAACGUGCGUAACUCCGCGCGAGCGGCUGGCGGUGGGACCGGUGGGUGCGGCACGCCGAACCAGACUGGGCUGUGGGUUACGCCAGGGUGGAGAGUCACAGCACACGCUCCGAACACAUCCUGACUCCUCCCACAGGGGGCGGGGCUCCUCUGUAGCUCCGCCUUCCUUCUGCGGUUGCUCCGGGCAACUGAAGCUCAGUCUGCACCCUGGACCAUCCCUCUGGUUUUGUUUUGUUUGUUUUUUUGUUGGGUGGACGUUGGCGCAGCAGCGACUGUGUUGUGCACGCGGAGCACCACUGCGUCUGACCCCAGCCUGCAGACGAAUGGCAUUUCCACAGCGCAGCCCGCUUCGCCAUCUCCUUUUCAUUUUAAAAAGAUUAAAGAAAAGACAUAUAUUUAAAGUGUAUAUGCAUAUAUACAUUUACGUAUAAAUAGUGUAUAUAUAAAUGUAUAUAUUUAUGUACACAUAUUUGAGUGACAGACCAGUACAAAGCAUUCAUUGUAGCAACUUUUGUUAUUGAACAACUGAGUUCCGUUUUGACACAAAAAAAAUAAAGUUUGGUUUAGUGAUGAAUGCUUUCAUUUGGCUAAAGUGGAUUCCAUUUGUUGCUCUGUCAGUAGUUAUUUGUGCUCGUCUGACACUUGUGUGAAGAUUUUCUGUCAAAGCCUUUGUCACUGAAGCUGCGAUCACGUGUUUUAAUUAGUUUAUUUUGGUUUGUACAAAGGAGAAUGUGGAGUUUGUACCUUUUUUUUUUUUGAGCGUUUGCUUUUGCUAAAGAUGCUGGUUCCUGUAGUGGCUCUGUGCGGGUCCCGGUGGGGCUCCUGCCUGCAGUCUGUUGCACAGCGAACUGAAAUGCCAAAACGCUGAACUGGAACAGCAUUGUAAGGACCACUCUGAUUGGAUAAACCACCUGCCCAAUGGAAACGCUCAGCUGCUGCUGCUGUGGGGAUUGAGGGCUGAAGGCCUGGGUGCUCACAGGAAGCAGUCACCCGCCUGCAUGUUCUAAAAGACAACAAAUCACCUUUCAAGUUGUACAAAAAGAAACGGAGGACUUCUGAUGUUGGAGGAAUCCUUCCAGCGAGACGAGAGGACGUCCGUUGGAAAAGUGGGCUGGACCAGUCCAGGUUUAACCCACUCUCUUCUGUUCUUUUCUAUGUUUAUGUAUAAAGGGGAUUAACUUGUCGCAGUACGAAACGGGCGUGGCAGCAGACGGUACAUGUGGAGGAUAGAUGCGAAACAUCCCAACGUGCGUGCCCGCCCACCAGCUCCGCACAACGCUGCCUGGACUGCCGUUACGCAGAGACGCCAUCUUAAACGCAGGCAGCCGGACCAGAGCACCCAGAAUGCUUCUGAGAUGAGACGCCGUGCACAUUCACCCCAGCUGUUACAGACCAGGACAGGCGUUUGAGUCAGUGAAUCUGUGGGAUAGGCCCCUCCCCCUGAAGCUGCAGCUUGAAGGCUUGUGACUCUGCAGAGGAGAUAUGAACUUUAGGUGUAUGAUUUCCUUCUAUUGUGUGGAGAAAUGGAUCGUAAAAAUUCACUUUUAUUUCAUUCAUACUUAAAAAGAACAGAAAAAAAACUAGUCCUUGUACUUGCCUGUGUGGUAUGUGUGGUCCAGAAUUUCUGGCUGACAGAAAGACACCUUGUUCACGGUCUGAGCUGUAUGUCCUAAAAGUCAUUAGAGUUCUACUGCAUUGUUAUAAUUACUGUGUAAUUAUAAAAAAAUAAAUGGAUUGAAGCUUGAA